CGCAUUGUGGCCAGUUUCUCUCAAACCUUCAAUAAGUUAAUAUGCCUCAAGUGGCGGACCAUACAGAGUUGGCCAAAAAAGUUCAGAAAGCCUUAAAUGGAUUCUUUUGGUUUAUCUGUUUGUUGACGAUAUGUAUCUCUAUCGCCGGCUGCGCUAUUGCGGAAUCACAGCUAUUGGUCUCUAAGCGAUUAUGGAUUACAAUUCUAUUCUUCUGUCUCCUAGCCGCAGCACUCCAGAUCUGUGUAUUUAUACUCCGAGCUACUGGAGGAACUAGUAAAUACGAGAUAACGAACCGAAGCUUGAAGAGGAAGAAGGAUAAGAAGAAUAUCGACGAGGUGGACACCACGGAGAAGAGAGAGAACGGAGUUGAGAACAAGGGAUUCGACUCCGAGAAGGCGGAGAGGAAGAAUAAGACGGAGGAGACGGAGAAGUGGGUGAAGAACUAUGUCCCCUAUGAAGAGUACCCGGUCGUGAAGGUUGACACCAUUUCCGUGGAGAACGAGGUUAGUCAGGAGGUGGAGGAGAAGGAGGAGGAGAGCAAGGAGGAGGAGAAGGGGGAGAAGGAAGCGAAGGAGGAGAAAUCUGAAGAUUAGAUCUAGAAAUCCAUUCUGUAUUAUAUAUUGUAAAUAUAAAUAAACUUUAUCGAAAAUAAAUGAAAUAACACAAUUAA